CUGAACCCACUCUAUCGGUCCCGAGGGGAGGACGGAUAUCUCUCGAUUCGACAAACCGAACCUUGCCUUUAGCGGAUCCGCCAGUUUUAUCAACACACGCUCUGUCCCAUUCAGAAAAGAGCUAGGAAGAGGCUUCCAGGACGUCCAAAGAGGACGUUUGGCUCCCGGUCGCCACCCUCCUGCUUUUCCUCGCCCCCCCCUCCGUUGGCCGGACGUGGCCCAUUCCAAAGAGCGCGCUCAUCUCUCAAGGUUCGGCGGCUGUCUAGGCAAAGGGGGGCAGCGGGCGGGGUGAUCCGGGGCUUCGCGGGUCUUCUUGAAUCCUCACGCUCGGCAGCCGAAGCGGCUGCAUCGUCGGACGCGAUCAUGGCGAAGGAGGAAGACAAGGGUGAGUUGAAGGUCCCCGAGGAGAUGUUCAAGGAUGUCAAGUUCUUCGUGGUGGGAGACAUCGACCCCAAGGUUAUUCAACUUCUGAAAGAUGGGAAGGCAAAGGAAGUUUCCUAUAAUGCUCUAGCUUCACACAUCAUUUCAGAAGAUGGAGAUAAUCCAGAAGUUGGUGAAUCUCGUGAAGUGUUUGAUCUUCCAGUAGUAAAACCUUCCUGGGUGACUUUGUCUGUUCAGUGUGGAGCUCUUCUGCCAGUAAAUGGCUUUUCCCCUGAAUCCUGUCAGAUCUUUUUUGGAGUUGCUGCUUGUCUGUCUCAGGUUUCCUCUGAAGAUCGGAAUAUGUUGUGGGCUUUGAUUACAUUUUAUGGUGGGGAUUGCCAUUUGAGCCUCAAUAAAAAAUGUACUCAUCUGAUUGUGCCUGAACCAAAAGGGGAAAAAUACGAAUGUGCCAGUAGACGAGAGAACAUUAAAAUUGUGACACCUGACUGGAUUCUAGAUUCUAUAUCUGAUAAAACCAAAAAAGAUGAGGUUCCCUAUCAUCCCCGUUUAAUAAUAUAUGAGGAAGAGGAGGAAGAAGAGGAGGAGGAGGAAGAAAAUGAAGAACAGGAUUCCCAAAAUGAAGGGAGUACUGAUGAAAAGUUAUCAAGUCCACCAUCUUCUCAAGAAGGAUCUCCUUUGGGCAAUCGAACUUUUUCUCCUAAGUCUAUUGAUGCUGACAGAAACAAAGGAGAACUUAUGUUUGAUGAUUCAUCAGAUUCCUCUCCUGAAAAGCAUGAAAGAAAUUUGAACUGGACCACAGCUGAAGUUCCACAGACUGUUGCCAGAAAGCACACAUUGACUCCAGGCAAGGACUCUGGAUUGAUUAAUUUGUGUGCCAAUGUCCCUCCUGUCCCAGGCAAUAUUUUGUCUCCUGAUAUCAGAAACAAUAUGAUGGCUUCAGUACAAACUCCGCAAAGUUCUGGACAUCCUGAAAUGAUGGCAACAUGGAGUCCUGCAGUCCGGACACUAAGAAAUAUUACCAAUAAUGCUGAUAUUCAGCAGGUUAAUAGACAAUCAAAUGUAGCACAUAUCUUGCAGUCACUUUCAGCACCCACAAAAACUUUGGAGCCACAGAUAAACCACAGCCAGCAGGGGCAUCCCAACGCAGUCUUGCUUAGUCAGGUCAAACUGGCCCCGGAAACGCGCUUAGUGCAGCCGCCUCCGCCUCAGCAUCACCAGCCUCAGCAACCGCCACCGCUGCAGCAGCAGCAGCAGCAACAGCAACAACAGCAGCAGCAGCAGCAGCAGCAGCAUCACCAUCUCUUGCAUCUCCAAGCUCAGCAGCUCCUGCAGUUGCAGCAACAGUCUCAGCCGCCACAGGCUCAGAUUCCCCAAUCGCCUUUCCCACAGCAGCCGCAUCAGUUUGCCCAACAGCAGCAAGUCCAUCAGCACCAGUUUCCUCAGCAGCCGCAACAGCAGCAGUCACAGCAGCAGCUCCCCUUCCCUUCCCAACUGGUACACUCCCAGCAACAAAUGCACCGCCCACCACAGCCCAUGCAGUUUCAGCAGCAGCAGUUGCAUCGAUUGCAACAGCAGCACCUGCAGCAGCAGCAGCAGCAGCGGCAGCAGCAAUUGCAGCUUCAGCAGCAAAACCUUCAGCAGUUACAGCAUCAGCAGCAACAGCAACUCCAGCAGCAACAACUCCAGCAGCAGCACUUACAACAAAUGCAGCAGCAGCAGCAGCAGCAAAUGCAAAUGCAAAUGCAAAAUCAGACACCACAACACUUGACUCCAACAUCUCAGACACUACACCAUCAAGUUCCAAUUCAGGCCCCACAGAAUCCCCAGCAGCAACAACUGCAGCAGCAUCAACUGUUUGGACAUGACCCAUCUGUAGAAGUUCCUGAAGAAUAUUUCUUACUGGGUUGUGUCUUUGCAAUUGCUGAUUACCCUGAACAGAUCUCUGAUAAACAACUGUUGGCAACUUGGAAAAGGGUAAUCCAGAUUCAUGGUGGUACAGUUGAUCCUACACUUACAAGCCGAUGUACACAUCUUCUUUGUGAAAGUCAACUUAGUAAUAUGUAUGCACAGGCUUUGAAAGAAAGGAAAAGAUGCAUCACUGCCCACUGGCUGAAUACUGUGCUAAAAAAGAAGAAAAUGGUACCACCACAUCGAGCUCUUCAUUUUCCCGUAGCAUUUCCACCUGGAGGAAAACCAUGUUCUCAGCACAUAAUUGCUGUAACAGGUUUUGUGGAUGGUGACAGAGUCGAUCUCAAGUUGAUGGCCUACGUAGCAGGAGCAAAAUACACAGGCUAUCUUUGUCGCAGUAACACCAUUCUUAUCUGUAAAGCGCCAACUGGUGUAAAGUAUGAAAAGGCCAAAGAGUGGAGGAUACCUUGCGUUAAUGUACAAUGGCUCUGUGAUAUCUUACUUGGAAAUUUUGAAGCUUUGCGGCAAAUGCAGCACAAUCGAUACACAGUUUUCAGUCUUCAAGAACCCUUUGCUCCUAAUCAGCAUCUAGUUCCAAAUCUUCUUGAUGCUUGGAGGGUGCCUUUAAAGGUGUCACCUGAACUUCAAAUGAACGUGAGAUUACCACUUAAACCAAAGCAGAAUGAACCAGUAAUUCAACCUUCAAUCAAGAGGCCAAGAAUUGAAGACUUGCCAACACCUACAAAAAAACUGCCACCAGAAUUGGCACCAGUGGUUCUUUUUACAGGAUUUGAGCCUGGUCAAGUACAUCAGUACAUAAAGAAAGUAUAUGUUCUUGGAGGUGACAUAGCCGAGUCUGCUCAGAAGUGUACCCAUGUGAUAGCUAGUAAAGUAACCCGCACUGUAAAAUUCCUGACAGCAGUUUCAGUUGCAAAACAUAUUGUAACACCGGAAUGGUUGGAAGAAUGUUUCAAAUGUCAGAAAUUUAUAGACGAACAAAGCUACAUGCUCCGAGAUGCAGAGGCUGAAGUCCUUUUCUGUUUCAGUUUGGAAGAAUCUCUAAAGAGAGCGCAUGCGGCACCACUCUUUAAGGGGAAAUAUUUCUAUAUUACUCCUGGAAUUUGUCCUAGCCUAUAUACUAUGAAAUCGAUUGUGGAGUCGGCAGGUGGCAAGUUAUUAUCUAAACAACCUUCUUUCAGAACAGUUAUGGAACACAAACAAAAUAAGAGCUUGUCAGAAAUUAUCCUUAUCGCUUGUGAAAAUGAUCUACACUUAUGUCGAGAAUACUUUACCAGGAACAUAGAUGUCCACAGUGCAGAAUUUGUUCUGACUGGAGUCCUUACUCAAACACUGGAUUAUGAUUCAUAUAAAUUUACUUGACUCUAAGUAAAAUGCCUUAUUUUGCUUCAGAUUUCUUGAAGCCUUCCUCUGAGCUUUUCCAGCCUGUGGAUUAUUUAAUCAGGACUUCAUUGAAUUCUUGUUUUCUCUUGUUUUGCUGAAGAGCGAAGAACAGUUGAAGCAGGAAAGGAAAAUUUUACUGCAUCUGUUUAGGAUGUGUCACCUUUUAUUAUUGAACUAACUAUGUUUUUAUACUAUACUGUAGACCAGAGAGAUUACUUUUUAUAUUGCAAAAUAGUUUCCUGAUUUUUUUUAAGUUUUAAUAAUCAGCAGUAUUCAACCAAAAUCAUAAUUAAAAUGUAAAGGAAGAAGGGCUUGUGGCAUGUUUAAAUUAAGGAAGCAAAUAUUUUGUACUUAUUUUAUUAUGCUGUUUUAUUAAUACUAUCCCAUGUUUUAAAUAAACGUAGUUUUAAAUGAUGUUUCCUUAAAAUUCAGUGGUUGUUUUUAAUUUUUUAAAUGUUGUGCAAUUACAGCACUAUCUGGUAAGAGUAAACACUCCGUUCUCUCAAGUGGUGUAGAAUAUUUAUUUUACCAGUGUGUUUGAAUAUUAAAAUCCGGGUAUUUUAAGCAGAAUUUAUUAAUGUUAUGUGUGUUCCUGCUGCAGUUAGACUGAAUUCACUCAUAUUCUACAGUGAUAUACUUUAUUUGUAAUUUUUAUGGAAUGAAUAUGCAAAAUGGAAUUCAUAGAGGCAGUUAUUUCAUUCAAGUUUAAUUGGUCUUAAAAUGUUAUUGUUAAUCUAUUGUUAAUUUAAUCCAUUUAAUUUUAAAUUGGAUAUUCAUCAUUUUAGGAGUAAUUCAAAUGUAACUAUUUCAGCAAGUUUGCAUAAAUUCCAGUUAGCUUGCAAUUUUAUUUAGUUCUAAUGACUUUUGUUGAAUAGAUAAAAUGUUAAAAUCA